ACAGGAGCAGGCGUGCGCGUGCGCGGCCACCGCUCGGCGCUACCAGGAGGCUGAGAGGACACAGAGCGGGAGGGGCAGGAGCCACCGACCGCAGGAGGAGGAAAGGGGUUGUGCUCUUGGCCGAGCGCGGAGAAAGGGGCGGGGCCGGCGAGCAGAGCGUGGAGGUGCCGAGCUCCUGGGACCGACGGGCGCGCGGGCGUCUCUGGCCUUCGCCGUCCCAGUGGCCGCCGCCGUCGCUUGGUCGCCGUCGGUCUGCGGGAGGCGGGUUAUGGCGGCGGCGGCAGUGGGAGUUGUGAAUGAAUUCUCCGGGUGGACGAGGGAAGAAGAAAGGCUCCGGCGGCGGCAGCAGCCCGGUGCCUCCCAGGCCUCCGCCCCCCUGCCUGGCCCCCGCCCGUCCCGCCCCCAGACCGGCCCCCCGGCCCGAGUCGCCCCAUAAACGGAACCUGUACUACUUCUCCUACCCGCUGUUCAUAGGCUUCGCGCUGCUGCGUUUGGUCGCUUUCCACCUGGGGCUCCUCUUCGUGUGGCUCUGCCAGCGCUUCUCCCGCGCCCUCAUGGCCGCCAAGAGGAGCUCCCGGGCCGCGCCGGCGCCGGCCUCGGCCUCGCCCCCCGCGCCAGUGCCUGGCGGGGAGGCCGAGCGCGUCCGAGCCUUCCACAAACAGGCCUUCGAGUACAUCUCCAUUGCCCUGCGCAUCGAUGAAGACGAGAAAGCAGGACAAAAGGAGCAAGCUGUGGAAUGGUAUAAGAAAGGUAUUGAAGAACUAGAAAAAGGAAUCGCUGUCAUAGUUACAGGACAAGGUGAACAGUGUGAAAGAGCUAGACGCCUUCAAGCUAAAAUGAUGACUAAUUUGGUUAUGGCCAAGGACCGUUUACAACUUCUAGAGAAGCUGCAACCAGUUUUGCAAUUUUCCAAGUCACAAACGGAUGUCUAUAAUGACAGUACUAACUUGACAUGCCGCAACGGACAUCUCCAGUCAGAAAGUGGAGCUGUUCCAAAAAGAAAAGAUCCCUUAACACACACUAGUAAUUCACUGCCUCGUUCAAAAACAGUUAUGAAGACUGGAUCCACAGGUCUGUCAGGCCACCACAGAGCGCCUAGCUGUAGUGGCUUAUCCAUGGUUUCUGGAGUGAGACAGGGACCUGGUCCCGCAGCUGGAACUCAUAAGAGUACACCAAAAACAAAUAGAACGAAUAAACCUUCUACCCCUACAACUGCUGCUCGUAAAAAGAAAGACUUGAAGAAUUUUAGGAAUGUGGACAGCAACCUUGCUAACCUUAUAAUGAACGAAAUUGUGGACAAUGGAACAGCUGUUAAAUUUGAUGAUAUAGCUGGGCAAGAGUUGGCAAAACAGGCCUUGCAAGAAAUUGUUAUUCUUCCUUCUCUGAGGCCUGAGUUGUUCACAGGACUUAGAGCUCCUGCCAGAGGAUUGUUACUCUUUGGACCACCUGGAAAUGGGAAAACAAUGCUGGCUAAAGCAGUAGCUGCAGAAUCCAAUGCAACCUUCUUUAAUAUAAGUGCUGCAAGUUUAACUUCAAAAUAUGUAGGAGAAGGAGAGAAAUUAGUGAGAGCUCUUUUUGCUGUGGCUCGAGAACUUCAGCCUUCUAUAAUUUUUAUAGAUGAAGUUGAUAGCCUUCUGUGUGAAAGAAGAGAAGGAGAACAUGAUGCUAGUAGACGUCUAAAAACUGAAUUUCUAAUAGAAUUUGAUGGUGUGCAAUCUGCUGGAGAUGACAGAGUGCUUGUAAUGGGUGCAACCAACAGGCCACAAGAGCUUGAUGAGGCUGUUCUCAGGCGUUUCAUCAAACGGGUAUAUGUGUCUUUGCCAAAUGAGGAGACACGACUACUUUUACUUAAAAAUCUAUUAUGUAAACAAGGAAGCCCAUUGACCCAAAAAGAACUAGCACAACUUGCUAGAAUGACCGACGGAUAUUCAGGAAGUGAUCUAACAGCUUUGGCAAAAGAUGCAGCACUGGGUCCUAUCCGAGAACUGAAACCAGAACAAGUAAAGAAUAUGUCUGCCAGUGAGAUGAGAAAUAUUCGAUUAUCUGACUUCACUGAAUCCUUGAAAAAGAUAAAACGCAGCGUGAGCCCUCAAACCUUAGAAGCGUACAUACGUUGGAACAAGGACUUUGGCGAUACCACUGUUUAAGGAAAGACCUUUGUAAGCCUGCAGAACAUUUUGCUUUCGAAGAGAGAAACACACCAUCUCCAUUGAAUAGUUAUCAGCUACCGAAAUUGAGCCUAAGUUUACAGGACUUUUCAGAGUCUUACAAUUACUUGUGCACCCCAGCAGAUGCACCAUAAAACAAAAUUUAAAUAAAUAUACAAUGCAAAUGGA